AUGACAAACAACAAAUUAUCCAAAUUAGAAUCAUUUCGAUAUGAAGAUUCCAAGAGUAAGAUAACCAAACCAAAGAUUAUCAACAAACGGAAAAACAUUACAAAAGACCUACCGGAUUUAAGACAAUCUAUAAAUUCAAAACUUAAAGUAUUAUUCAUUGGAUUUAAUCCUGGAGUAGAAUCAUCAAUUCAACAACAUCAUUAUGCACAUCAUUCGAAUUUAUUUUGGAAAUUAUUUAAUCAAAGUAAAAUUCUUGAAAAAAUUAUUAAAAUUGAUGAUUUAAAUAUUGAAAAUGAUGAAUUUUUGAAACAAUUAAUUAAGAAUGGAUGUAGUGCUAAGAAUGAUUUUGAAUUACUUGAUUAUAAUAUUGGAUUUACUGAUUUAGUAUUAAGAUGUACUGCUAAAGCUGAACAAUUAUCAAAUGAAGAAAAAUUAGAAAAUGUUCCUAGAUUAUUACAAGAAUUUAAAGAUAGUAAUGUUGAAAAUAUAGUUAUUAUUGGUAAAGGUAUUUGGGAAGUCAUAGUUAAAUAUUUAUCAAAUGAAUUAGAUAUUAAAGUAAAACUUAAUAAAGAUAAUUUCAAAUGGGGAUUACAAAAGAGUAAAAAAGAGGAUGAUAAUCAUACUGGAUAUGAUAAAAAUUAUAAUUUAAUUGUUGAGUCUAUAUACAAGGAAUUAUCUAAAACUACUAAAUUAUAUGUUUUCCCAAAUACGUCAGGAUUAGUAGCAAGUUUAACAUUUGCAGAAAAACUUGAAUUAUGGCAAGAAAUGGUUCAUAAUAUUUAA